AUGGCAGCCGUACACAUCGUCUUCGCGCUAGAACUGUUAUAUUUUUCUAAGUUAUUUGUGAGCGGAGUUAUUAAUGGAAAUGUUUCGACUAUUCCUUGCCCUUACUUCAGAAAUUCUCCUAGAUUAAACGUACAGGAUCUUGUUGGAAGUUGGCUUACCGUUUACACACAGCCUAAGGCAAUAGAUUGUUUUACUUUGCAUAUUCGCGCUACCACUGAGUUAGAAAGAGAACAGUACGUGAUAAAGUAUGGGAACUUUAGCGAACGGGUGAACUGGGAGAAUUGUUUACUGGAAGUAGAGUCGCCCCUUGGGAAGCAUUUCCUGCAAGGCAACGGCACUGAGGCGGGCCUGCUCGAGAACAUUAUAGUGACACGUGGUGAUGAGGGGAACUACAUCAUACAAGAGCAGAGUGCGGAUCAAUGGACAGUGUACGGUCGACGUGGCAGCGAAGUGCUAGUAAUGCGAGAUUGUAUGGGCGAGGCAGCGGCCGCGUUCGCCCGCGCCCCCUACUGGCCUAGUGCAGAAGAGUUAUACGCCAUCUUGCAUCGCAGCGGGAUCGCGCCGCUUGCGCAGGGCAGAGUGCUCUGCGAGCCGAGAGACUUGCCGCCUAACCAACUGUCGAUUAGUCGAUACUUUUCUAAUCGUAUUUAUUAGGGAGCUUUAGGCAGUCCACCAACAAUGAGCUAAGUGAGUAGGUAGAGCUAGUGCUUAACUAACCCUCAUCUAACAUUAAACAAAAGUCUGUCAAACUCCAUACAAAAACACCGGUUUGUUAUAGUUAGAGUCAAAGUUAAGGUGGUGCAUCUUAGCCUAAGACGUAUUGUUAAAUUCCAGUACUUUAGUC